UUCAGUUAAAUAUUUAAUUCCAAUAAAAGGAAGAGGAAGAGCGCGUUUAACGUCCACUGUAGUGAUGCACAAAUUUGAAUAGCUACGCACUAUCGCUUACUAUCGAAACUAAGCCUCGAUACAUAUUCGAUUACAGCUACUAUCGUGGGGGGUGCACCCAGCUCUAAAAAUUGGUCAUUUCGGAACGAACAUAUAGUUAACAUUAAAUUUACGGAACAAACAGAAAGCCCGAAAUCCACGAUGCGCACAGUGCUGUUGAGCAAACACGAUGAGCUGUACCUGGAGAAAUGCGCACAGGAGAACCAGUUCUCGUACGGGAUAAUCGUGGGCCAUCAAGCGGACCUCACCAAGAGCGUAGUGGUCCACCUGGCCCGAAACAACGAGGAGGAUGCGGAUCUGGAGGACCUGACGGACGUCCGGCUCACCAUCUCGGACAUCAACUCACAGGCGUUGGCCUCCCAGUGGCUCAGCGCCAGCAAAAUGUGUCCCGGAUCCUUUGACGUCAUCGGAAUCUUUGUGUCUUCAGUAAGAUCCGAUGUUGUUAAUGAACAGAGCGCCGAAUUUAAGAACGCCAAAAAGCUGUUUUCAGACAUCUACGACUUGCUUUUGAAAAGCAACAGCGCGUUUGGCGUCUACACCACCGACAUUGCACAGACUGAUUUCGUAUUCCUCUCGUAUUCACUGGCCGACAAGAAGGUGCUCUGCAAGAACUACAGCUAUGGAAAACAUUGCAAAAAAACGUAUUUUACGGCAAACAUAAAAUGCAUCAUAUGCGGCGGCACUUUCUCCAACAUGGAGUUCAGGUUUGUGGACAAGCCCUUCGAGUGGAUUCAGCUGGACUGCAACUACGAUUUCGAUGAAGUGCUGCCCAUACUGGAUUCAUCGCGUCGCGUCAACAUCGAAGACCAGUUCCAGAGUAUGAUUGUGUCGAUACGCAAGAACCUGCUGGCCAGUGAGGUGUUCUUGCAGAACGAAGUCGUCGAGGAUACCAUCGACCUGCAGGCCUAUAUCAAAAAGAAAAAGGCAAAAGUGGACAAGCUGAAACCGACAUCGACAACAGGUGGCACGGCCAGUGCCGCGAGCAACACCACUGACUCCCUGCCCCAGCUUGCGUCGGAAGGAAUCAUCGGAGGCGCUGAACCCAUCCGUGCCAGCAUCGUGCUCCCAAUGAAAUGCCAGCUAAGCAAACCGACGGACAUCAAGGUGCGCGAGUUUAGUGGCACGUUGCACAUGAGCGGCAUUAUUGCCACAAAGGUUUUCUGCAGUCCACGCAACAGUAUAGCAGAUGUUAAGCGUUUCGUACGCGACGAUGUGCUGCGCUCGCUGAUCACUCGUAUUCAAGUGUACUGCGAUGGACUCACCGAUCCCUAUGUGACCAACGAAGCUCUAUACAUUAGUGAGCCGCCCAGACGAGUGUUCUUCAGCCUGCCAUCAGAGGGCCCUAGUACGUCGGUUGGCGCAGUGGUUCAGUUUUCCGAGUACUUAUUCCGUGGUGAGGCACCCACUGUUGUGGUGGCCCAGGCCAAACAGAUCCUGGACGUAGAGCUGGACCCAGAGACAAUUUCCGUGGAGGCAGAGGGCCUCCCGGAUGAUGCGAACUUCAACCAUGGCAAGACAGAUGCCGAUUGCACAGACGAUUCUAGGAUUAUGCCCAGCUCGAUGCCAAAGCCGGAACUUUCGCGCAGCCUUUACAUGGUGGGAAUCGCUGUGGCUCUGCUGGUCCUCCUGUCGUCUGUGGCACUUCACUAUGUCCUUGGCGAGCAGUAGGCAGUUGCGAUGCUGUGAUGCCGGGAUACCCGAACCAAUAAACCAAUUUAUACGAAAUGUUUUUAUACAGAUACAUUAUUUGCAUGUGUGCCCACGCACUCACCUCUCUAUUGUGAUCGUUUGUUUUUAUAAUUCAUUGUGUACUCGUAGUAGUAAAAAAAGAAUGUGUAUAGGGAUCACGUUAAAUAGUUUUAUUGUGGAAGCAAAACUGUGCAGCAUUUAACACCAAUAUAAUAAACUAAUAAGUAAUAUA